AUGGGCAUUAGCAAGCCAGUGCCGACCAGCUCUCUGCGCAUGUCAAGCUCUGACUCCAGUGCCCCCGUUGUGGCCUCGGUUUUGGCAGCAGCCUUUCUUUUCUCCAAUAUAAUCGCUGUGGCCCCGGCAUUUGCUGAUGAUCCCAUUGACAGCAGCAGUCAAGUGAUUGCAGCCCGAAGUGGUGGUCGCAUGGGAGGCAGAUCCUCCAUGGGUAGCAGAGGUAGAUCCUCCAUGGGUGCUUCAAGAGGUUCUUACAACUCCUACAGUCGUACAACAGUGGUCCGUCCCAUGGUGACCUCCCCUGUCAUUGUGGCCCCGCCAAUGUACAGCCCCUUCAGUCCUUUUAGUCCUUUUGGCUUUGGAUUUGGUUUGGGCGGUGGAAUUGGAGAUAGCUACCGUGACUAUCGACAAGAUGGUGAGAUUGCGCGUGAACGAUCUGAACUUCAGGAAGCGAAAAUCCGUCAGGCCGAGUUGGAGCAGAGAAUUGCUCAGCUAGAAGGUGCUCCCAAGGCAUUGCCACAGCAACAACCAGCGCAGUAA